AUGGCCAACUCCUAUGCAUUCUUCGGCUUCGCCUCAUGUCUCGCCCUCUCGAUCGCCUCAAUCACCGGUCGCGGUGGCAUUCUAUUCACAAGUGCCGCCACCUUGGUCGACAACGUCUGCUACAAAACGCAUGACUCACAUCUCUGCGCUAGCAUCAUCUCGUCCGAUCCGCGAAGCGCUAAAGCCACCAUUGCCAUUGUGCUGGCGGCAGACAUUGUCGACUUGGCUUCGUACGCUGCCACUAACACGAAAUUCAAGAUUCAUUCACUGCUUGAGUCGGAAAAAGAUCCUGUUCGGGCAUCCCUUUUGAGCUUGUGCGACACGCUGUAUGCUCAAUCUAUCGGCUUCCUGCGGGACGCGGGGCGUGAACUAAAGAGUGGGGACCACAUAGGUUUCGAGCUUCAUGGGUAUCAAGUUAGCCAGUCGGCUAGCAAUUGUGAAGUCGGAUUCUCGAAACCGUCAGUUGGCAAGUCUCCGAUCACAGAUGAGAACCGCCGCUUGGGAGCGUUGGGUGAAAUUAUUGGUGCUAUUGGAACUAUGCUAUCACAAUGA